CGGGCAGCGGCGGCGGGAUGGGCAGCGGCGGCGUGAUCCACUGCAGGUGCGCCAAGUGUUUCUGCUAUCCUGCGAGGCGGAGAGUGCGAAGGCGGCCCCGGAACCUCACCCUCUUGGGUCUCCCAGAGGAUGUGCUCGUCCAUGUGCUGAAGUGGCUCUCGGUCGGCGACAUCCUGGCCGUGCGAGCUGUGCACUCCCACCUGAAGUACCUGGUGGACAACCACGCCAGCGUGUGGGCGUGCGCCAGCUUCCAGGAGCUAUGGCCGUCUCCAAAGAACCUCAAGCUCUUUGAAAGGGCUGCCGAGAAGGGGAACUUCGAGGCUGCUGUGAAGCUGGGCAUCGCCUACCUAUACAACGAAGGCCUCUCCGUGUCCGAUGAGGCGCGGGCCGAGGUGAACGGGCUGAAGGCCUCGCGCUUCUUCAGCCUGGCCGAACGCCUGAGCGCUGGCGCCUCCCCCUUCAUCUGGCUGUUCAUCCGCCCACCGUGGUCUGUGUCUGGGAGCUGCUGCAAGGCCGUGGUGCAUGAGAGCCUGCGGGCGGAGUGCCAGCUGCAGAGGGCCCACAGGGCAUCCAUCCUGCACUGCCUGGGCCGAGUGCUGAGUCUCUUUGAGGAUGAGGAGAGGAAGCGGCAGGCCCGGGACCUGUUCGAAGAGUCUGCUAAUCACGGGUGUCUAGCGAGCUCGUACCUCCUCUGGGAAAGCGACAGGACGACGGACGUGACAGACCCUGGACGGUGCCUCCACAGCUUCCGGAAGCUCAGGGACUACGCUGCCAGAGGCUGUUGGGAGGCACAGCUGUCUCUAGCCAAAGCCUGUGCGCACGGGAGCCAGCUUGGACUGGAGGCCAGGGCGGUCAGCGAGAUCGUCUGCCAGCUGUUCCAGGCCUCCCGGGCCGUCAGCAAGCAGCAGGUCUUCUCCGUGCAGAAGGGGCUCAACGACACCAUGAGGUAUAUCCUGAUCGAUUGGCUGGUGGAAGUGGCCACCAUGAAGGACUUCACGAGCCUGUGCCUGCACCUGACGGUGGAGUGCGUGGACCGGUACCUGCGGCGGCGGCUGGUGCCCCGCUACCGGCUCCAGCUGCUGGGCAUCGCCUGCAUGGUCAUCUGCACCCGGUUUAUCAGCAGAGAGAUCCUGACCAUCCGGGAGGCCGUGUGGCUCACGGACAACACGUACAAGUACGAGGACCUGGUGCGGAUGAUGGGCGAGGUCAUCUCCGCCCUGGAGGGCAGGAUCCGAGUCCCCACCGUGGUGGAUUACAAGGAGGUCCUGCUGGCGCUGGUCCCUGAGGCCCCCCGUACCCAGCACCUGUGCAGCUUCCUGUGUGAGCUGUCCCUGCUGCACACCGGCCUGGCCGCCUACGCCCCCGCCCGCCUGGCCGCUGCUGCCCUGCUGCUAGCCAGGCUGACGCACGGCCAGACACAGCCCUGGCCCACGCGCCUGUGGGACCUUACUGGGUUCUCCUGUGAAGACCUCACGCCCUGUGUCCUGAGCCUGCAUCAGAAGUGCUUCCACGACGAUGCCCCCAAGGACUACAGACAGGUCUCCCUGACGGCCGUGAAGCAGCGGUUUGAGGACAAGCGCUAUGGGGAGAUCAGCCAGGAGGAGGUGCUGAGCUUCGGCCAGGUGUGUGCGGCCCUGGGCGUGAAACACGAGAGCCCUGAGCCGGCGUCUUUCCUCAGCGCCGGGGAGAUCCAGGCCUUCCUCAGCUCCCCCUCCGGAAGGAGAACCAAGCGGAAGCGGGAGAACGGCCCCCACGAGGACCGCGGCAGCUUCGUCACCACGCCCACUGCAGAGCUGUCCAGCCAGGAGGACACCCUGCUGGGCAGUUUCCUGGACUGGAGCCUGGACUACUGCUCGGGCUAUGAGGGCGACCAGGAGAGCGAGGGCGAGAAGGAGGGCGAUGUGACGGCCCCCAGUGGUGUGCUUGACGUCACCGUGGUCUACCUGAACCCCGAGCAGCACUGCUGCCAGGACUCCAGCGACGAGGAGGCCUGCCCAGAAGAUGGGGGAGGCCCAGACUUGCCCGCCUUGGGGUCGGGCACCCAGAUGCCUACCUCCCUGGAGCCCCAGCCGCCUGCCUACAGCAGGAGGGAACCGGGCAGGGACCUCACCACCUCAGGGUACUCCUCCGUCAGCGGCUCUGGGAGUCCCCUGCCACCUACCUCAGCGCCGUCCCCGGGCAGCGACUCAUGCGCCCGGCCUUGCCACCACCCUGCCAGGAAGUCGUGUCUGCAGUGUCGCUCCCCAGGCUCCCCGGACGGCAGUCUCCCCCCGCGCCGGGUGAAGAGGAAGAACCUGCCCCCCCGCAGCGUGGAGGGGGAGGUGGACAUGGGCUUCCUACAGCUGUGAGCCUUCGGCGGGCCCUGGAGACCUGCGCACGUGCCCAGGGUGCCAGGUGUCUGUCUUGGGGCAUCACAUGACCCUUCAGAAUGUCUGGUCAGAAUGGGAAGCCGGGGUCCUCUGGGAGCCCAGCCUCCGCACCAUCCUGCCGCCCCUAGCAAGAUCUUUCUGUCCUCUCCGUGUCUGUCCUGCUUCCUGUCCCGGCUGGGUGCAGGCCCUGGCCGCCUGGGCCCUGGGGCGCCCCUCCUCCGCGGGCCUGCUCCCCGUAGCGCAUGUGUGCCCCCCACUGUGGUCUGUCUGUCCCCGACUGUCUGUGUCGAUGUCUCCGUGCACUGAAUUUCUGGCCACUUCUUUUCCUGUUUUCGUGUCCAUCCUUCAUUCUUCCGGGAGGAGAGCAAAGGUGUGUUUUGAAUAGAAGAUGCUGAAUAAAAAAAGCCUACAGAUCCUUAACAUUGUUUAGACCCAACUAAAGAAAAACCUGGCUCCAGGCCCCAGGGCUGUCACUUGCAACUGUGCUCCCAGGGCGCUGAGCCAGGAGAGCAGGCGUCUCAGGCGGGACAGCCAUCUCGGGCUCCGCAGGCUCGCUGGACGGAAGCGCCCUGCCCUCCCCUCCCCUGGUGUGUAAAGACGAGCCAGCCUCAGGGACCCCCGGCCCCCAAAACCUGCCCCUGCCCCUUCCUAGGGGUCAGUACUGGCACCUGCUGUCAGUUUUAUUUCCUCUUGAAAUGCCAGAUCCACUUGGCCAGGGAUGUCCCCAAAUGUUUUUGAACCAGAACUGCCGGGACACGGUGGUCCUGUGGACGGUGGCUUUCCGGGUGCCUGCGCGUGUCCGUGCGUGCGCGUGUGCAUGCGUGCAUGUGUGUGUGUGCGCGUGUGCAUGUGCGCGCUCUCUGAUGUCUCGUGGUAGCUGUCAUUUUGGGACGGAGACUUCUGACCCCCCAGUGGGCAUGGGGGGUGAGGGGACCUGGGUGUGGGGACGGCAAACCUCUCCCGUCGGCACUGCACCAGGGCACGAGAGCCUGUUUCCUCAUCUGUAAGAUGGGCCGUGGUACCUACCUCACAGGGGUGUUGUGAGGAUUAAAUGUGAUGAGGACAGCGACAUGUGCCACGUGUCUUCCUGAGCGGC